UCUGGGCUGGAGAUGUGAGUCAUCACCCACCAGACUCAGGGAAGGAACUUACUCUACAAGCAGGUCUCUCUGGAGCAACCUGAAGACAGGAGCUUGGCCUUGAUAGAUCGGCUGGUAAAAGAACGCGCAUGGUCAGCCAUGGACACAGCAAAGUCCACCGCUGAUGAGCCCCUUCUUAGAGGCAAAAAAGGGCAAGACCUCCAAGAGAUGCUGAGAGAAGUAGGACUGGAGGUUGAGUACUGGUUGCCCAAGCUGCAGGAACACCUGGGUGUGACCUGUGCCCAGGCCUUACAACACCUAGAAGACAAAGACCUCCAGCAGCUGAAAUCCCAGGCACAAUACCCCUGGGAGAAAAGGGCCCUGGAGAAGCUGUUUAACCUGUCACACUCAAAUAGUCUUUCAGAGUUCCAGGAGUCUCAGGUGGAAAUGAUAAAGAAAAAGCAAAAGAAGGCAGAGCAGGUGCUGCAGGAGCUAAAAGACUUACUGUCAGAAGGAAGACAACAACAAGAAGAGGCAGUGAGGAAAAAAGAGACAGAGCUGAGGCAGGCAAUGGAGAUCCCCAAAGAGUACUGGCCACCCUCUGAAAAGUGCCUAAGAGAAGUCAUGGAAAACAUGCAGAGACAACUCAACCUCACGGAGGGGACACUGUCUCACAGGCAAAACCUCCCAGAUAGAGAUCUGGUGAGAUGGGCAUCUGGAGGCCUGGCCCUGCAGGGAAUUUACAAAACCAGAUACCAAAGGGACAUUAUAGAGAAGAGAGAGGAACUACUCAGUGUCCCCACGGACUUCUUACUCUUUGGCCCAGAGCAGGGCACACGAAUGGAAACAAAGGAAUUUACAUCUUCUCAAGCAGAAUCUAUGUUCACCCACACAUUACAGAAGCUGGGCAUCAGCGUAACAGCUUCAGCCAAGGGCGGAGGUUGGGGGUUUAGCUUGGAAGCUGGUAUGGAUCACACCAAACAUAAAGAAUCCAAGGAAACACAUCAAUCACAUUCUAAUCACUCUUAUUUCUGCUCUACCAAGUUCAUCUAUGUCCCACUCGCCUCCUUCCACUUUCCCAAUGAUCAGCUCCAAUUCUCCAAGGCUGCUCUCCAGGAAUUGAAAUGCAUUGAAGACAUCCUGGGUCAGCCUGCAGGCCCAGACAGACUCCCCUUGCUAAGGCACAGGGCUGAAGCUUUCUUCCACAAGUUUGGCUCUCAUGCUAACCAGGGCCCUCUGCACCUGGGAGGAAUCUACUGGUGGAAAGCCAUUUCAGAGGGUUUCCGAAGUGAGCAGCUGGCAGAAGUGAAACAGCUGUCAGCAGAGUCUCUGAAUAGUUACAUAAGGGGCAGCUACAGUGGCUUUGGAGUGAACGUCGCUGCAGGUGUAGAUGUGUCAGACUCUCAUUCAAACGCAUCCUCCCAAAACACAACCUGCCAAAAUCUCCAAACCAAAGUCCAACUAUCUGUGGCCCAGACAGGAGGCCCACCAGAAGCAAAUGGCUUUCUGCAGUGGAAAGCUGGCCUAGUUGCCAGUAAUCAAACCUGGUGUGUCAUUGACCGGGGACUUCAGCUGGUACCUAUUUGGGACAUCAUCCUCUCUAGUCACAGAAGGGAUUUUAAAGAUCCUCUUCAGGUAGCUAACUUCCUGAAAGACAGCUACACUGCUCUGACUGGCCUCACUGCCCAGAUCCAAGAUGGAGAAGAAUUAUUGAGUGUUGCGAAGGAGGCCAGGGUUUUCCUAGAGGAAGUGAAAUCCUGGGAGGUAUCUGAUCCAGAAGAGCAGCUUAAAAGGCUUAUAAAUUUCAUGCAAAUGUUGAGUCAAAAAAUUAAAAGUUAUGACACUUGGGUUAAUAUAUGCCUCACAGAUGGGGGUCUGCAGAAUUUUCUAAUAAACACUGUUAACUUCUGCAAAGACUCUUCCAUUUAUAAAACCAAAUUUAUUAAAUCUCAGUUACGCAGCCUUUUGGAUCCUCACAUCUACAGAGUGACAGACUUUCCUCAGGUUCAUUCCAUCAUGCAGUGGGUCUUCCAGUCAGAGUCAGAGGGAAAGCAUAUCAACAUCUCUGAGUUUUCUGAAUUAAUUAAAAUCUUAAAGGAAACACAGAAUGACCUCAGCGAAGUGAAGGCCAGAUCUGGAUCUGCAGAAACAGUGGAGGAAGCUCAAAGAAAGGCCACUUAUAAGGUGAGCUUGUCUCUUGGCUGCUUCUUGAAUUACCUCCAGGAAACAGAGCAGUCCGACACACAGGUCUUGCUACUUAACAUUGCAGCUGGUGCAGGAUAUCAUAUGGGAAACCAUACUUUUCAGUAUCUCCUGGGGUGUGAUGAGAUAGACUUCCUACUGAAUGAAAUGCAAACUGCCCAAGAUAAAUACCAGGAGCUCAAAACUAUUUGCACCUACAGAGCUCAGGCAUUCCUGAUACUCAUAGGUCUUACAGCUACUGCAGGAGUCACAGCUGUGUCUCCAGAGGUGAAAACACAACGCUUGGCAUUAAUAAGACAACACAUGGGCCAAUCUUUGUCUAAAGAAGUUGUACAUGUCCUCACCAAACUUGAAGAAGAUCAUGAUUGGAAAGACCUAGAGGAAGACUUGAGAUUGCUCAUUGAUGGGAAUUAUGAAGCCACCAUCUCUUCACUGCAAAUGGAUGAGGUGAGAAAAAAUUUGCAAAGCAUCUUCCAUGAAAACAAACAGCCCCAGGAACCACAUGAUAAUGAAAAUAGCAAAUGGGAAGUCAUAGAAGAUGGAGCCUUCCAAGAUUUACUCCAGCGUUUAGGCCUGGAACGUUACUACCCAAAAAGGAUGAGCAGAGCUAACUUCCACCUGAUCUACAAGGCUUCUGUGUACAACAGCCAGCCUAGUUCUGAACAGGAGCUUCCCUUCUAUUUCCUGCAGAAGCUACUGAUGCUGGAUUAUGGGCUGAGAUACCUGGUCUUCAGAGAUGACAGAAACACACAGAAUGAAGUCUAUCCAACUGAAUUGAAUCAGCAAAAUGAGGCUUUUGAUCCAUAUGAAGACUUGUUUGAAGACACUGAUGCUCCCACUAAUCCUUCAGCCAGUAAUCCUAGUCCUCAUAUUCAUCCUAUGGAUAUUCAGAUGGCAAUUCUUCACUGUGCAGACGAUUUUGCCAGACAAUACAUUUUGGGCAAACUUGCCAUUUGUCAGUUUGCCCUCCCCUUUCUCAUACCAAAUCCCUGCAGUUCUGAAAUUGAAUUCUCUCUCUGGUCUCUCCGUCAAAUUAGAAGAAGUUGGCAGGAAGCCAGGAAAUCACCAAAAGAGGAGAAGAACAAUUACAAGAAUAAGCAGAUGUGUCGUGUCUCUACCCCCAUUGUGUCCUUUAUUAGAGUUGGAAAUGGCUUCUCUGCUUCCAAAUCUCAGAUCAUGAACUGUCUCCUCAGUAAACGUAAACAUGAUAUCUUUUUUCACCGACACUGCAGAGGGAGCAGCAAAGACUGUCUCUUGAUGGGAGGUGUGGUGGAAGUCUGCUGGUUCUGUCCUGGGGGGGAAGAUGAGGACAGAUUUGACAACUGUUUGACCUUCACCAAUCUUCAUGGAGAUGCAAAAGAACAUAAGAAGCAACUCACCUUCCUGCAGGAGGUCUCUUCUCUCGUUGUUGUCCUCAUGUCAACUUUAGAUGACAAUAAAGAAAACCGGAAAAUUGUCCAUUACCUGAGUCAGUCACCAAGACCUCUGAUCUGUUUGCUUGAUAACAAAGAAAAAACCAUGGCCAAUAAUUCUAACCAGAAAGCAAUUAUUGGGAUCAGGAACAGAAAUGAGGCUGAAUUAACAGAGGAGCUCGCUACUACAAUCAGACGUUUGCUAGAGCUCUCACACACUGCUCUGAGCAUAGAGGACUGUUCCCAGAUUGCUCGCAAGCAAGGAUUCUUUAUUGAUGAAGACCAGAGAGAUUGCAGGGAAGCCAAAGAAAAGGCAGAAAUCCUAAUGGCCCUUCUGAAAGAAAAGAAGAUAUCUCAAGUGAAGGAAAAUUUUCUACCCCUUCAAGGACAACUGUGGCACCUUUGGUGUAAAAAGGACAAAGAACUCUAUCAUCUCAGAGAAAAGGGGAAUCGGAGCAUUGAACAACACAAAUGUGAGAUUGAGACAGAAAAACAAAGAAUACGGCGCCAUCAGUUGACCAGAGCCUUUCCUCUCAAUGAUUUAAUGUGCUCUGUCCUUGAAAUUCUCCAAACACACUCAGAAACUCACACCACACUCUACUUUUUCCAAUGGCUGAGUAUGUUUUUAGACAACCUGACUGCAGGACACUUGGAAGAACUGAAUAAAAAGCAAAAGGCUUUGUGGUCACGUAUACAAACAGAAAAGCAAAAGGCACCAAAUAGCAACAACCUGAAACAUUGGCAAAAUAGGAUAGAAGCUAUCUCCGUAGAGAUUAAUGACUGUACCUUGGGAAUUGAGCAACUUCUGAGAGAGGUUGGCCAGAUCUAUGAAGCUCUGGAAGAAGCAUCUUCCACAAAAGAUAUCCUUUUUCUCUCCCUUCCCCAGAUUGCUGCAGAUCUAAUGAUAUCUGGUAUUCCCAUUGAGCUGAUGGAUGGGGAUGCUUCAUAUGUGCCUCUGAAGUGGGUGACAGCUCUUUUUGACAAGCUUUCUGAGAAACUUGGAAACAAACGACUUUUUAUUCUCUCUAUCCUUGGCCUGCAGAGCUCAGGGAAGUCCACCCUGCUGAAUGCACUUUUUGGGCUGCAGUUCACUGUCAGUGCUGGGAGGUGUACCCGGGGGGCCUACAUGCAGCUCCUGAAGGUGGAGGAGACAUUCUCAGAGGAACUUGGCUUUGAUUUUGUGCUUGUUGUGGAUACAGAAGGGCUUCGGGCCCCAGAACUGAGCAACAAAUCCAAGAAUCGUGAUAAUGAGUUGGCAACCUUUGUCAUUGGACUUGGAAACUUGACUCUGAUCAAUAUUUUUGGAGAAAAUCCAUCAGAAAUGCAAGAUAUUCUUCAAAUCGUUGUCCAAGCCUUUCUGAGGAUGAAACAAGUAAAAAUUUCCCCAAGUUGCCUCUUUGUCCAUCAGAAUGUGGGGGAAGUUACAGCUAAAGACCAAACUAUGGAAGGACGAAGGCGCUUAGAGCAGAGACUAGAUGAAAUGGCAGCAAUAGCGGCUGAGCAAGAACAGUGCUCAGAUGUUACUCGCUUUAGUGAUGUCAUUAAGUUUGAUGUCAAUACUCAUGUCUACUACUUUGCUCACCUCUGGGAUGGCAAUCCCCCAAUGGCCCCUCCUAAUCCUCGCUACAGCCACAACGUCCAGGAACUGAAAACUAGAAUUCUUAUGACUGCCAAACAGGAAUCCAGGGGAAGCAUCAUGAAGAUAUCAGAUGUAAAAUCACGAGUUCAAGAUCUAUGGAGAGCCCUGGUGAAUGAGAACUUUAUUUUCAGUUUCAGGAAUACCCGAGAGGUCAUGGCUAUGAGCAAACUGGAAACCAUGUAUAACAGCUGGACCUGGGAGCUGAGGAGUCAUGUGCUGGGCUUACAGAACCAGCUGAUGAACCAGAUUCAGAAUGGAAAAGUCCAGACACUCAGAACAAGCACAAUUGAGGCUCCAGUUGCAGAAAAAUAUGAAGCCAUCAAGCAAGAACUUGAAAAAUAUUUUAAUGAAGAUCCAGAGAGUGAAAUACUGAUUCAGUGGAAAGCAAAUUUUGAAAAUAAGCUAAUGAUCCUUAAAGAGGCACUUACUUUAGACAGCCAAAGAAAGAUCGAAGGACUUAUAAAUUAUAAAAAGGGUCAGGAAAGACUGGAUAAUGAAAAGUCUCAUUAUGAAAAGGAAUUAUUAGAAAAAAGCCGAAAAUUGGCUUCAACUGUAAAGGACAAGGAAUUGAGUGAUGAAGAGUUACAUGAGAAAUUCAAUCAACUUUGGGAAAAAUGGGUCUAUGCUGUAUCCUCAGCUCUCCCUCCAGUCACAGAGCCUGACAUUGAUGUGGAUUCUGAAGGCAUCCUUUUGGAAUAUUUUAAAAAGGAGAGAGACAGGGUGAACAUACUGAAGAAAAAUUUUGGAAAAACAUUUCACAUCGAUUAUGACGAACAUGUCAAAAUGAAUAAGAAAUUUUACGUAUAUAGAAUGUCAUUAAAUGUCCAUGAUAAGGAGUCCAUAGAGAGGACCACUGAGCUCAUUAUUUCAAGGUCUAUUGAAACUAUUAAAAACAUUCAGAGGCAACAACAUGAUUACAAUCCAAGUUAUUUCCAUGAAAUCCUGAGAAUAAUAGAAGAGGAGGUGAAAUCAGCCCCAACUGAGGAAAGAUACACAUUUACCAGUAAAUAUAAAAUUGACUUAUCUUUGUGUUUAUUCCGAAGAGCAGCAGAGAAUUUUAAGGAGAUGCACAGGGCAUUCAAAAGAGCAAAUGAUCCUGUAAACCAUCUGGAAAGCAAGAAAGAUGAUUUUUUCAUGAGUUUUAAGAUCUCUUGUCAAGGAGCAACCUCAAUCAAAACAUUUGUUGAUUUUCUGUGGCACAAACUCACUCCUGCUGUCUCCACUGCCAUAUGGGGAAAAAUGGCUCCUCUAAUUGCUGGAGACAUGCGAGCUAACUGCUCCGCAUUCAAUGGAAACAGGGUUAACCUGGAGAAACACAUUCUUAUCUCUCUGGCAGAAAAAGAAAAUUUCGAUGAUUACUGGGAGUACCUUCAUAAGCCAGAAUCAUUUUUUAGGAAUUACAUUCAAAACCAUAUUAAAAGAUAUUGUUCAGACCAAAGAAGUGAAACAAUGAAAACUUUUCUUAAAAUAAGUUUAGAUGACAUCAAGAAUGUCAUCCUGUUAGCUAUUCAUGAAUCCACCGCAAUAGCUAAAGAUAAAAGCAGCACUGUGUCUGGGUGGUUGGAUUUGUUCUGUGAUCACCUGGGAAGUAACUUGAUCUUUCCACGAAAUGAAUUGAAAAGCAUUGAACACCAGGAGAUAAAAGAUAUUGAGUUUCUCAAAGAAACCAUGACUGAAGCUUUGGAUCCCGCAAUGAAGACAGUAGAACAGAAUCGUUUGAGUAUGUCUGUAGAAGAGAUGAUUCCUGAAAUCCAGAAAAUGCUCUAUGAACAUCUCUGUGGCUGCUGGAAACAGUGUCCCUUCUGCAGAGCUAUUUGUACAAACACAAUCCCCCCUCAUGACGGAGACCACAGCGUUCCCUUCCACCGUCCUCAGGCUGUCAAUGGAAUUCAAUGGUAUAAAACAGACAAUUUUGUCAUUGAUACCUGUACUAGUUUGGUAGCAAGUGAUUGUUUAUUAGUUUUGAGUGAUGACCACAAGAUCCCAUAUAAGAACUAUCGACAGGGAGGAGAAAAGUAUGCCAAAUGGAGCAUCACCCCAGACUCAUCCACCCAGCCAUACUGGAAAUGGUUUGUCUGUCACUUCAGACAAAACCUAGAAGAAAAAUAUAAGGGAAAAUUUACAGGUAAAGGUGAAAUCCCUGGUCCUUGGCACAAUAUCAAAAAGCAGGAUGUUAUUGAUGACUUGAAAAAAGAAUAAUACUCAAUGACCAAAAAGGAGUACCAGAAAGUGAACAAAAGAGUUGUAGUACCUAAACCCUCCUAAGAUACCUCCUCCUCACAGUGAAAACCUUCAUUAUUUCUAUUUUUCAAAUGAAACAUCUAAAAGUUUCAUGAGUUGAAGAUUUUAUGUUGAAAGGACUUCAUUUUUCUUUGUCUCAAUUCAUUUUGGUUUAAAUAUAAGUUACUAAAAUAUAUGAACAUAUGAGAAAAAUCAAAUAAAAUCCAUUUAAAAUAUAAUACCUACUUUAUAGGUUAAGCUAUUAUUCACAAUGUUCUUUUAUUUUAAACAUAUAUUAUAUAAAGUCUCAGAGAAAGUCAUCCUCAUUGAGGGAAAUCAAAAUCAUUGCAGCCUGCUACAAAUUUCUAUAGAUUAAAUACAUGAUAUGUCAAACCAAUAUAUAGUUCUUGGCUGGAAGCUACAAAUUGCCUUUUUUAAAAUGUGUUUUUUUCACCCUCUGAAAUUGUGAGAAAAAUUUACUAACCCUUGAAUGAAAAAAUAUUCAUGGAAUGUUCACGAUUCCCAAGCAUAGUGAUAUUUAGACACAUUCUGUUCUGGGAAAGAACAUAAGAGAUUUGACCAGGAUAGAGCCUGCAUCAAUUCAGGAAAGAUUAUCAAGCAAAUAUGAAAAAUAGAAAUUAAGUAACUGUUUUUUUCUCAUUUAACCAUCACCUUCUUCCCUGGCAUCUUCUCAGUUCCCUGUGCAUUCUUUUAAAAAUAAUAUGGUUCACAGGAGUUUAACUAUUCAAAGCCUGGUGCCUUGUACAAAUCAAAGAAGGACUAGCUUUGGAACAAGGUUUAUGACCAGUUGAAAGGGCCAUUUUAAUCAAGGCUAUGGACAAUGUUUAAUUUGGUUAUACCAUUAAUGAUUUAAAAAACUAUUCCUUCAAGAAUAAAAUAGCAAAGAUUAUGUUGUUUUUAGGUUCUGAUAUUUCAAUAAGAAAUUCUUUUUUUCUAUUACAAUGGAAGAAAAUGCUUAUGUCUAAAACAGUCACCCUUGUGACUUUUCAUACUAUUCAAGCCAUAGGAUCACAAUCAGAAUAAAAAUAAAAGACACUCUGAAGACACCAAGAACCUGAGAAGGGAAAGAAAUCACCAUUCUGCAAUCGUAGCUACACCUUCUGAAACAAUGACUUAUGCUAGGUUCUCAAAGCUGACCAUCUAAAGGAAUCCUGAUACAAAGAAGAAAGUUUCUUCAUGCUGGACACAAGAACAUCCAUUGGCUUCAAUUUACAGGCACACUGUCUACCCCUCCAUAGCCAGUGAAAACAGACAAGCCAUGGAACAGCAGUCCAAACUCGGAUCUUCAGAGCUGGGAGAUAGCAGUGCUGAUUCUGCUAUCUUUGUACCCUCAAAGGGCUUCAAGCACACUCCCAGUUUGAGGUCAAAUGACCCAUGUCUGCAGAAGAAAUCCUGGAACAGAAAAAUUAUAAAGGACACAGGUGUCCUUGAACAGUAUGGUUUUCCUUUUGUUCUCUGGAAAAUAGUCUCAGUAAGAGUUGAAAGGACCUUCUCAUAUGAUCACAUUGAAAUGGUGACAGAAACAGACCCCUGCAGAGCACGGUGCCUGUCUCUCACAUCACUACAUUCUUGAAAACAGCAAUAUUCAGUUAACAUUUGCUGAAUGCUUUUUGUACUUGUUUAAUGAAUCCAUAAUGUCUUUAUUAUUAUUAGUUUAAGGUGUUCUAACAAGUAUCAUAUAUCAUAUAUUAACUUUGAUUUUCAAGCAAAAUUGUUAUGUAUAAAUGAAAAAUAUCUUUGAUAAAUU